AUGUUCAGCCUCAAAGAGAGCCAACUGUUGCCAGGGAAUAAUUUCACAAAUGAAUGCAACAUUCCUGGAAACUUCAUGUGCAGUAAUGGGCGCUGUAUCCCAGGGGCCUGGCAGUGUGAUGGGCUGCCAGAUUGCUUUGAAAAAAGUGAUGAGAAGGAAUGCACAAAAGCCAAAUCCAAAUGUGGUGCCACGUUUUUCCCUUGCGCUAGUGGAAUCCACUGCAUCAUUGGCCGCUUCCGGUGCAAUGGCUUUGAGGACUGUCCAGAUGGCAGCGAUGAAGAAAACUGCACAGCAAAUCCCUUGCUUUGCUCUACUGCCCGAUUCCACUGUAAAAAUGGUCUUUGCAUUGAUAAAAGCUUUGUGUGUGACAAUCAGAAUAAUUGCCAGGACAACAGUGAUGAAGAAAGCUGUGAAAGCCCUCAAGAGGCAGGCAGCGGUCAAGAUUACGUGACCUCAGAAAAUCAGCUACUCUACUACCCUAGUAUUACCUAUGCUAUCAUUGGUAGCUCUGUCAUUUUUGUACUUGUGGUGGCCUUUCUUGCCUUGGUUCUGCAUCACCAAAGAAAACGCAACAAUCUCAUGACCCUGCCUGUGCAUCGACUCCAGCACCCAGUGCUGUUGUCCCGCCUGGUGGUCCUCGAUCAUCCACACCACUGCAGUGUUACUUACAACGUCAACAACGGCAUCCAGUACAUGUCCAACCAGGCCUACCACAGGCCAGUGGAUUUGGAUUCUCCACCAUCCUAUUCAGAGGCUGUGCUGGACCAAAGCAGGCCACCUUGGUUUGACCUUCCUCCACCCCCUUAUUGUUCUGAAUCUGAAUCCCCCAAUCAGACAGACCUUCCUCCCUAUCGCUCUCGGACGGGGAGCUUGGUGAGCACCGAUGCCACCAUGAUGGGAAGCCCUGUGGGCAGCCAGGGCAGUCGGACAGGAGGUGUCCAUGACACUGCAGACUGCCGCAGGAUUCUUCUCGACGAGACAGCUGGCCAAAGCGACUCUCUGGUCAACCCUCUUGCUGAACGGGAAGUGUAA